CAUCAAAUUAUACACAGUUGAACCCACCAAGUACUUGCACUGAGUACUGAACGACCACUGUGACACGGCUUGAAUGAUGUCAUCGCACGAUGGACGAACGUUUGGUCAUAUCAGUGGUGUGGCGGUUGGUGCCACAUUCCCAUCAAAAGAUGAUUUAGCUAAAUCAGGCGUACAUAUCCUGCGUCAAGCUGGCAUACAUGGGGAUCAAGAACUCGGUGCUUUCUCCAUAUGCUUGUCCAAAGGGUACGAGGAUAAUGUCGACAACGGAAAUACCAUUAUAUAUGUUGGCUCGGGUGGGCAAGAUCAGGAUGGAAAUCAAAUACGCGACCAGUCCUUCGAUCAUGCACCUAACAAAGCUUUGCUCACCUCAUUUGAAACCAAGCGUCCUGUGCGAGUUGUACGCGGAGCGAAUGAGAAUAGCUUUUAUUCUCCGAGCACAGGUUAUCGUUACGAUGGACUGUAUGUUGUUGAUGAGGCUAAGCUGAAGGACGGAAAGAAAGGCUUUAAGAUGUGCACCUUCAAGCUGAGGCGAAUUGAAGAGGAAGGCCAGAAGGGGAUUCCAACAGGACGCAAACUCACCGCCAGCAAAAUGGCAAAGAUGGCGAAGAAAGCUCGUCUCGGAUAAUCUUUCUGCUCUAAUUCUGAUACCCCACUAUUUCGGUUUUCAAUCGUUAAUGAAAGUCUGUAUAUAUUCCUCGUCUCCCUGUAUUUGUAGUUUUAUUGCAUCCACUGCACUUGAAGUGUCGACCAUUCAUAUAUGGACAUCUCCUAUCUGAAGGGCAGGAACACGGACUCGCAGGUUGCGCAGCAAACCAUGACGCAGACACGUAUGACUUUGAUUUA